AUGGCCGAUCUCACUGCAUGGGCAGCUCCAAAGCUAUCCCAGCUUCUUCCGCUGGAUCCUGAAUCUCUGUCGCAGGUCAUCGAUUACGCUGCCAGUCUCUCCAGAGAAGCCUGCGCCGAUCAUCUCAAAAACCUCCUCGGUGAUUCCCCCGCCGCUCUCGAAUUCAUCUCCUCAUUCAACGCACACCGAGAACCUCAGCGACAAUCCCAGCCACCGCCCGCACCUUCCCAAAGCUCUACAAGAACAACAGGCGCUAGGAAAGGUAAAAAGAAAGCUCCGUUGCACAGCGCCGGCCCACCACGCCGGCCUGACAACUAUGGAGAUGUUGGUGGUGGGUACAAGAAAGCCGAUGAAGAAGACUACAUGGUGUCUCGGAAGCAGACAGCCACAACCCUUGCGCCAUCCCAAAAUGCCUCCUCAUCCUCGUCCCGCGUCCCCUCUCCGUUGCCUACAUCGUCACCGAAACCACCACCAUCCGCGAGCGGCCCCACUAUCUCGGACUUGCUACCAAACGUUCGAUCAAAAACAAGCAAAUCUACUCGACAAGGUGGCGCAGGAUCGUCCAACAAGGGUGGAGCAGCUUUGACAACAAAUGAUAUUACCGAUCUCACCGCAGCUAUCGCUGCAUUGGAGGUAUCAACAAACCCAAGCCUGGGCGAGAGACGCAAAUGCAAUUGCUAUGGAUCUCUCCACUCGGUAUUCGACCCGGCGCCUAAUUGCCUCAAGUGCGGCAAGAUCAUUUGCUCUCUUGAAGGAUUACAGCCAUGUUCAUUCUGCAACACGCCUCUUCUCUCCGCCCAGGAAGUACAGGGCAUGAUUAAGGAACUACGAGCGGAGCGAGGACAAGAGAAAAUGCGCGCUCACAACGAUGGUGUUCAUCAUGAAGGAGUGCCUAAGUUUGGCGGCGCGGAACCGCCCAGCAACCUGGAUGCGGCCAAGGCACACCGUGAUAAACUACUCCAAUUCCAAGCACAGAAUGCCCGCCGAACGAAGGUUGUUGAUGAGACCGCUGAUUUCGAAACACCAAAUGUUGCUUCCACCUUGUGGAUGACACCUACUCAGCGAGCGCUAGCGCUUAAAAAGCAGCAGCGCAUACAGCGCGAAAUGGAUGAGCAGGCUCGGCCAGAGUGGGAGAAGAAGAAGACUGUAAUGAGUCUAGAUAUCAAGGGCGGCAAAGUUCGCCGGGUAUAUCACUCUGCCCCUACGGCUUCAACGCCAGAGGCCAGCGAACCCGAACCUGCCGAUAAAGCGGGGCCGGCCGAGCAUUCAGGAAGAGAACCGGCUUUCAGUCACAACCCGUUGCUUGCAGCUGGAGGCCUAAUGCGCCCCGUCUGGCGCGCACCCGAGGGGACCAAGGCUGCAGUAGCCGGGGAUACAGAGAAGAAGCAAACAUGGCGACGUGUGCAGGAUGACAAUGAUGACAACGAGCAGUGGAUUCUGGAUGGAGGGGCGCAUGGACAUGCUACCUAG